UAUUAAUUUACUUUGGUUUAAACAUAACUAGAUGUAAACACAGAUAUAAAAAAAUAUUUAAAAAGAGGAGUUAAUUAAAUUUGUUGCAAAUAAACGAUUUCAAUAAAUAUUAAGGCAACUAAAAUGAGUUCCUAUACCCAUGCCGAUCCAAUUGCUCUCAGCUUCAAUGAAACUUGUUUACGGAUGUCGGAUAUACAACUUUUGCAAGGUCCUCAUUGGUUAAAUGAUCAAAUAAUUUCAUUUUAUUAUGAAUAUCUUGAACGUGUGAAGUAUAAAAAUAAUCCAGAUUUAUUAUUUGUGCCACCGGAAGUAACUCAGUGUAUGAAAUUUGCCGAUGACGGUGAGUUGGAAACUUUGUUGAAUCAAUUGGAAGCACCGAAAAAACCAUUCAUAUUCUUUGUAUUAAAUGACAAUGAAUCCACACAGGCCGGUGGAACGCAUUGGUCUCUGUUGGUAUUCUCGAGGCCAGAGAAGUCAUUCUACCACUUCGAUUCUUGGGGAAAUAAUAAUUCGAAUGCUUCCCAUCAGUUUGUGCAGCGUAUUAAGGAUGCCUUAAACUGUCGCAUUUGUCAAAUUAAGCCAAUACGGUGUUUGCAACAAACCAAUGGCUACGACUGUGGCAUUCAUGUGAUCUGUAUGACAGACAACAUUGCCGAUAAUGUUAAUCGCUAUGAAUGCGUCGAAGGUGUGGGGCAUUUACAUCAGGAUAUAAUCUCAGCUAAAAGGUCAGAUCUUUUAAAAUUGAUUCAGUCUCUCGGCGGCAAAAUUUAAUUAUAUAUUUAAGUUUGAUUUUUUUAUUUUUGUCUCCAAUUUUCUUUCCAUCAUAAAUAACAGUAUAUAUUUUAUUUUACAAAUUUAAUUCACGAAAUUAUUAUUUUUUUUUUUUGUUAAAUUUAAGAUCUCGACUAAUUUGUGUGUUUAAUGAUAGUACUCUUGAAUAAAUUUCCUUAUUUAUAGAUUUAAUAAGCCUUUUUAAAAUUUCCUAAUAACGUAAUCAAUCGUAAUUUUACAACAUUAAUAUGUAAAUGGAUAAGAGAUUUAGAGAUCAACAAAAACCACUAUUUACAUAUUCUACUUGCAGAAACAAAAAUACAUAUACUAAUUAAUAACAAAUUGAUUAAUUUAUACAUACAUACUCAACAUACAUACCUUCAUUUUGAAUUAAAUAAAAUAUUUAAAUAAAUAAAAACUCUAUUAUUAUGACAUAA